AUGGAGGCGCGCGGUCCUAUGCCGAAGAGGACGAAAUUUACGGCGCCCCCCUCCGCCCACAACCAACAACCGCCGCCCGGAGCGGGCGAGGAUGAAGAAAGCGCCGACCGCAUCAGCAACCUCCCCGACGCCAUCCUCGGCGAAAUCGUCUCCCGCCUCCCCACCAACCAAGGCGCCCGCACCCAGAUCCUCGCGCACCGGUGGCGCCACAUCUGGAGCUCCGCGCCUCUUAGCAUCGACUGCGAGGGCCUCCCCGCCGAUAACGAGGUACUCGCCGGCAUCUUCUCGCGCACGGUUUCAACGCAUCCGCCCCCCUGCCGCCGCUUCUGCGUCCCCUCGUGCUUCCUCGGCGACCGAGCCUCCACGGUGGACAAAUGGCUCCGAACCCCCGCCCUGGACAACCUCCAGGAGCUGGAGUUCUGGUUCAAACCGUACUAUCGACCGCAGCCGCUGCAGCAGCCGCCACCAUCGUCCAUGUUCCGCUUCUCGGCCACGCUCUGUGUUGCCACCAUCGGAAACUGCAACCUUCCGGACAGCACCGUCCAAGGGCUUCACUUCCCCCUGCUUAAGCAGCUCGGACUUGAACUUGUCAGCAUCUCGGAGUGCUCACUGCACAGCUUGAUUGCCAGUUGCCCUACUUUGGAGUGCUUGCUGGUUAGCCAUGGAUUCGGCUUUCGCUGCCUCAGGAUCAACUCCCUUACCCUUAGAAGCUUUGCUGUCAAGAACUAUCGGAAAGGCAAUGACCAGUUAAAGGAACUCAUUGUCGAGAAUGCACCUUGCCUUCAAAGGUUGCUGCAUCUUGAUUUUGACUAUGGUCUGCAUAUAUCGGUAGUGUCCGCGCCUAAACUGGAGAGCAUAGGCUGCCUUUCUGAUGGGUUUUACAUUUCCAAAGAGGAUGAUCUCUCCAGACUCGUGUUUGGCUCCACGGUUAUUCAGGGCUUGCGUGUCGAUAGACUGACAACGGUGGUGCACACAGUGAAGAAUUUAGCUGUCAAUAUGAAGCUUCUUAGUUUGGAUACAAUUAUCGAGUUGAUGCGAUGCUUUCCGUGCUUGGAGAAGAUGUACAUUGAGUCAGAGUCGAAGAAGGAAAAAAGUGUGCGCGGUCGCAGACACCGGAAUCUUACCAAAUGUCCUAACAUCCGUCUAAAGACAAUAGUAUUUGAAUGUUAUGAGGGUAUUAAGUCUGACAUUGAAUUUGCUUCAUUCUUUGUACUGAACGCUACAGUGCUUGAGUUAAUGACACUUCAGAUCGGGGCCAGGGAUUACAAUGAAAAAUUCUUGGCAGAACAACGUAGGAAGCUUCAGCUAGAAAACAAGGCUUCAAGAGGUGCUCGGUUUCAUUUUACAACUGAUAGAUGUGCCCGUGGUGUUUGGGAUGUGCAUCAUGUCCGUGACUUGGAUUUAACUGAUCCAUUUGUAUGA